AUGAUUGAUAAUAAUCCAGUUAAUAUCGAUGCUAAAACAAUUUCACCAUUUAAAUGUGUUUUUGGUUCAGCCGGUAAAUUAGAAGAAGAUAAUAAAAUAGCUAUUAUUGCUAUCUAUGGUUGUUGGUUACCUGAUCGUCGUUUAAGAGAAUAUCAUUAUAUUAUGGACCAAUUGUUUUAUUAUGUUUAUCAUAAGUUAGAAAAAUUAGUAAGUAAUGAUUACGUACUUAUUUAUUUUCAUGGUGCAACACCAAAACAUCGAACACCAGAAUUGAAAUUUCUUCGUAAAUAUUAUCAAAUGAUUAAUUUUCGAUUACGAAAAAAUCUUCGUGCUAUUUAUGUCGUACAUCCAACACGAUGGUUACGUACUGUUAUUGCUCUUUCUCGUCCAUUCUUUAGCAAUAAAUUCUAUCAUAAAGUUCAUUAUUUAUUUACAAUUUCUGAACUUGAACACGAAUUUCCUCAUAAUCCUAUUUCAAUUCCAAUUAUUAUUGAACAAACGGAUUGGCUAUAUUCUCAAAAAUAUGAUCGUCAAAAUGCAAGUAUAAAACGUUCUAUUGAACGAUCAGCAUCACAACCAUUUGGUUCAAAAGAAAGCGAAUCAGCUGCUUAA